AUGACGGAAAUAGAGUCACAGAUGAUUCAGUACUACUUUGAAGUCAUUUGUAACAGCAAAGUCUAUGUGGAUACAGAAAGAAAUGUCUUCAGGACUUCCGUCAUGCCAGUUCUUCUCAGCAACAAUGGCCCUCUAUUCUCAACAGUUCUUGCCCUGACCGCCGCCGAAUGGAGCCGCAGAGGCCUUCACGAUGGAGUUGAUUACGAGAACGCAUCAAUCCAUUACAAGGUCAAGGCUUUGAGCCAACUCCAAUCGAACCUGAACGUGGUCUUGGACACGGAAGAAAACGUUUUGACUUGCGUGCUGCAGGCUUCGUUGGAGAUCGCCGAAGGUUCUCAGCCAUCGUGGUUGAGGCAUCUUCAGGGAGCCAUGGACAUCAUGAACACGCAUGGUGAUUGGGUCAGUCCAGACUGUGCGGCCCUCGUUCUUCAGUACUUCCGAUUCCGAUACAUCUUAAUGAAGACUACCGAAAAUAAGGGGGAGAUUCAGGAUGUUCGAGGUUCAAUACAGCCAGCCUCGGAAGAAUGCGGUGAGGCCAUCGAAGCUCUUCACAGGCUUUCGGCAACAUCGGGGGCCCAGCAGACAGUCGACCCUCAGAUCGGCUGUUCCAUGGAGCUGGUUGAGCUCAUCCAGUCUAUCUCAAACGCUUCUGAGAAUGGGGCAUCUUUAGAGAAACACAUUCGCGACUUAGAUUUUCUUGCGACGGAUGAGUAUCUUCUAAAGAGCGCGGAAUGCUUCAGGUUCGCAGCGCUGAUAUACCUGCACCUCGUGGUUUACGACGCGCCAAUUCGGUUCCCUUCGAUGUCUACGCUGUUGCAGCCACUCAUAGACUCCCUUUCCGAGGUUAUUGUUGCAGACCAACGCCGGCGAUCGUUCCCCAUGUGGCCAUUAUUCAUCGCAGGAUGCGUUAGCUGCACGGAAGCUCAUCGAAAAGCGGUUCUCGACUUAUUCAACUUGCUCGACAGCAAGUGGCCUAUCAGCAACAUAUCUACAGUCACGCAAGUUAUGUUGACAAUCUGGAAGAUUCGAGACUUGGAUAACGGCUUGGCACCGACAGUUCAACACGACUGGCAGAAUAUUAUUCAGAAAUUUGGUUGGAAAUUAUCCUUGUCUUAA